AAAAUCCUGUUUUUUGGGGCUUGCUCUGCUAUAAAUUCCCUCAUCCCUCUCCACCUUCAAUCUCUCUCUAAACAAUACUACUUCCAGUGUAGAGAGAGAGGAUGAAGCUUUCUUCCUUAAGUUUUCUGCUCUUCUUGUGCUUAAUUCACCAAUGCUGUUUAGGUGAGCCUCUGGUUUGGCCAGAUGCAGGGGAUAUGAGCACAGGUGGCCUGAGUCGAGAGGGAUUUCCUCCUGGUUUUGUCUUCGGAACCGCCACUUCUGCUUAUCAAGUCGAAGGAGCUGCAGAUAAAGAUGGCAGAGGACCGAGUAUAUGGGAUGUGUUUAUUCGGAAACCUGGUGUAGUGGCAGAUAAUAGUACAGGAGAGGUUUCUGUUGAUGAGUACCAUCGUUAUAAGGAAGAUGUGGAUAUCAUGGCAGAUAUGAACAUGGAUGCAUAUAGAUUUUCUAUCUCAUGGUCUCGAAUCUUUCCGGAAGGUGUAGGACGAGUUAAUCAGAAAGGCGUCGAUUAUUACAACAGAUUGAUUGAUUACUUGCUUGAAAGGGGUGUUACUCCUUAUGCAAAUCUCUAUCAUUAUGAUUUGCCAGAGGCCCUUGAGGAGUCCUACAAUGGGCUGCUAAAUCGUCGAGUUGUGGAUGAUUUCGCAGAUUAUGCAGAAUUCUGUUUCAAAACUUUUGGAGACAGAGUCAAGAACUGGAUGACUUUCAAUGAGCCUAGGGUUGUUGCUGCUCUUGGCUAUGACAAUGGCAUCUUUGCUCCUGGGAGAUGCUCAGCACCUUUUGGGAACUGUACGGCUGGGAAUUCCACAACUGAGCCUUACAUCGUUGCUCAUAAUCUUAUUCUAUCUCACGCAUCAGCAGUGAAGCGAUACAGAGAGAAAUAUCAGGCUACCCAGAAGGGAAGAAUUGGAAUUCUUUUAGACUUCGUGUGGUAUGAGCCUCUCACUGCUGCGAGGGCUGAUGUUCGAGCAGCUCAGAGGUCAAGAGAUUUUUCCCUUGGGUGGUUUCUGCACCCAAUUGUAUAUGGUACAUACCCAAGAUCAAUGGUGAGGAUUGUGGGCGACAGGCUUCCAAAGUUCACAAAUGAAGAAGUUGAGAUGGUGAAGGGGUCUAUAGAUUUUGUUGGGAUUAACCAGUAUACAACUUAUUAUAUGUACGAUCAACAUAUUAAAAAGGGAACUGUCAUGGGUUACCAGAUGGAAUGGCAUGCUGGAUUUGCCUUUGCUCGUGAUGGGAUACCUAUUGGACCUCAGGCAUACUCUUCCUGGCUUUACAUGGUUCCAUGGGGCCUUUAUAAUGCUAUGAUUUACGUCAAGGAGAACUACAAAAAUCCCACCAUCAUUCUCUCUGAAAAUGGGAUGGAUUAUCCUGGCAAUGUUACCCUUCCUGCUGCAUUGCAUGAUACAAAAAGAAUUGAUUACUAUAGGUCAUACUUAAUAAAUCUGAAGAAGGCAAUUGAUGAUCGUGUAAAUGUUGUUGGCUACUUUGCUUGGUCUUUGUUUGACAAUUUUGAGUGGCGAUCUGGUUACACCUCAAGGUUUGGCUUGGUCUAUGUCGAUUACCAGACUCUUAAAAGGUACCCCAAGAUGUCGGCUUCAUGGUUCAGGAACCUCCUCCAAAGCAAGUCGAAUUAAGCAAUGCUUUUGAUUUUCAUGGUGUUUCUCUUGUGAUGGCGGGAUUAUUAAAGCAGAUCUUCAUUUGAGGGGUUGGGAGUCUUGGAUCUGUUUAGAUCCUUAGAGUAGGAAAUUGAACAUCAUCUUGUAGCAUAUGAUUUACUCGUAUUUGGCUUAGGACAGUGGUAGUAUAUGAUUUACUCUUAUUGGAUUAGGACAAUUGCUUUUUGUUAGGUCAUGAUAUGCUCUUAUUUGAGUUAAGAAUAUGGUUUCUUUUUGUUAGCA